UUUUUAGUUCCGGUCCAGGCAUGUACGUGAGUUAGCUGCGGCUGCUGCUGUCUGUCAAGAAACAUCACCCAAGCACAGCGUUUGCUGGGAUUUUAUUUUUUUAUUGUAGCAAUCAGAGGCCGCUUUACACCAGAAAACAUGUCUAUGUACCAGGUAAAGCCCAUAUAUGAGGGUGGAACAAAGAUUGAUUUGCCAACGUGCAUGUACAAGUUACCCAAUGUCCACGAGCAGCGAGCAAGCAGCUGCUUCUCCGAACAUGCGCAUCAGAAUGGCGAGCCGGACUCGGCUGUGAGAGCUCUGGAGGCUCGGCAGGACGAGAUCAUGAGGAAGCUGUUUGAGUUGAAGGCGGCAGUUGACGGUCUGGCUAAGACGGUGGCCACCCCGGACGCUGACCUGGACCUGACCGUCAGCUGCAGCCUUGCAUCCCCCAGCCCCACUGCUUGCACUUUUACAGGCACUGCAGAUCUGGACACCCUGCUAGGCAAGGACCUGGGCGCCCUGCGUGACAUCGUCAUCAACGCCAACCCCGCCCAGCCUCCCCUCACCCUACUGGUGCUCCACGGGCUGUUGUGUCAGCGCUACCGGGUGCUCUCCGCUGUCCACGUGCACUCGUCUGUGUCGGGAGUGCCCCCCCAGCUGCUGUCCUGCCUGGGCGCCCGCCUCACCGACGGCUCCGCCCGGAACCUCUUCCAGCUGGGCUUCACCCUCAUAUGGAAGGACGUGCCCAAGCUGCAGAUGAAGUUCAGCGUGCGCAACAUGUGUCCCGUCGAGGGCGAGGCCAAUGUGGCACGCUUCCUCUUCCGCCUGCUCUCCCCCGACCCGAGCGACGUGGGCCAGGCCACGCUGGUGGACAGCUGGGUGGACACGGCCUUCUUCCAGCUAGCCGAGGGCGGGGCCAAGGAGCAGGCGGCUGCGCUGCGCUCCCUGAACGCCGCGCUGGGCCGCCAGCCCUGGCUAACGGGACCUGAGCUCUCCCUGGCGGACAUCGCGUGCUACUGCUGCGCGGUGCGAAGCGGGGCGGCGGCGGCGGCGCCCACCCAUGUCCAGCGCUGGAUGAAGGCCUGCGAGAACCUGGGUUAUUUUAGCCGGGCCCAGCUACAGUAGGAGGCCGCGUCCAAUCAGAGAUAAGCUCUGUGAAGAUGUGUAUCUUGUAUCUACUGCUUGUUCUCACCCUGGUUCUAUCAAGGAGAGGGGAGAGACAGUUGGUAUUUGCAAUUCACAAAUCAAGAGAACCCAUGUCCGAUUUUUCCUCUCGUUCUUCAUUCCUCUGAAUGGAUCUCUGAACGCGGCAGUCGAUGUGCUGUUGGUGAAGGUUCUCGACAUCUUGGGUAUUCUAUCCAGAGAAAGUAAGCAUCAGAGGACUGUAUGGACAAUGGGGGAUUUGGUUAAGAAUUGGAACAAAAGGGAAAACUUCUACUGUUAAAGUAACACACACACACACACACACCUCCCACAUUGUGCCUAAUGUGACCCUGCUCAAGAUGCAUGUGUGUGUAAUACAUGGGGAUGCGUGCAAAUACAAUUUUUACACUAAAUGGUGCAAAUGAGAUGCAGACCUGACCAACAUCAAGUGUGCUGUGUGGAGAUCUUGACACUUUCUAUCCAUGUUUUUUCUUUUCUUAAGUCAAUAAAACGGAAUGGGGAGAAACCCUGACCUAUG